ACUGCUGAGCUGAGGAACCAGAAGUGUCACUUGCCUGUGACUCUACAGCUGACUCCCACAUUUAAAGGGCCAGUCAGUGUGAGUGAAGGAUCCCUGGCCCAGCAGGGAAUGCUGCACCCCCGCAGCCCUCGGGAGGACUGUGUGUCUUUAAGAGAGGACAACACCUGGCUGUACCUGUGCUGCUGACGUCAUACAGGUGCAGACAGGAAGGAGGAAGAGGAAGAGUCCAGCAGCAGCCAUACAUGACCUGGCAGGGUGACCAGAAUAACUAUUACACCUCCUCCUGCCCUAUAAUAGCCCUAUCUCCCUCUGUGUAACUUUGCAACCAGCACCAUGUCCGCCUCUGCUGUCUUCUUCCUGGACUUGAAGGGGAAGCCCCUCAUUAGCCGCAAUUACAAGGGAGACCUUAAUAUGAUGGAGAUCGACCACUUUAUGCCACUGUUGGUCCAAAGAGAAGAGGAGGGGAACCUGACACCACUACUCACUCAUGGCAAAGUCCAUUUCUUAUGGAUCAAACACAGCAAUCUCUACUUGGUGGCCUUAACCAAUAAGAAUGCAAAUGCCGCCCUGGUGUACUCUUUCCUGUACAAAGUGGUGGAGGUGUUCACCGAGUACUUCAAGGAGCUGGAAGAAGAGAGCAUACGGGACAACUUUGUCAUCGUGUACGAGCUGCUGGAUGAGGUCAUGGAUUUUGGGUUCCCCCAGACAACGGAAAGCAAAAUUCUACAGGAGUACAUCACACAGCAAAGUAACAAGCUGGAGACGGCCAAGUCUCGUGUCCCCACCACAGUGACAAAUGCGGUGUCCUGGCGGUCCGAGGGGCUGAAAUACAAGAAGAAUGAGGUCUUUAUAGAUGUCAUAGAGUCUGUUAACUUGCUGGUGAACAUUAAUGGCAGCGUCCUCCUAAGUGAGAUAGUGGGAAGUGUGAAACUGAAAGUCUUCCUCACCGGGAUGCCGGAGUUACGCCUUGGACUGAAUGACAGAGUCCUAUUCGAGCUAACAGGACGAAACAAGAAUAAGACGGUGGAACUUGAAGACGUGAAAUUUCACCAGUGCGUCCGUCUCUCCCGCUUUGAGAAUGACCGCACCAUCUCCUUCAUACCACCAGAUGGGGACUUUGAGCUGAUGUCUUACCGGCUGAAUACGCAGGUUAAACCUUUAAUUUGGAUUGAAUCAGUGAUUGAGAAAUUUAGUCAUAGUCGACUGGAGAUCAUGGUCAAGGCAAAGGGUCAGUUUAAGAAACAAUCUGUUGCGAAUAAUGUGGAGAUUUCCGUUCCCGUUCCAAGCGACGCCGAUUCUCCAAAAUUUAAAACCAGUGUGGGUAAUGCAAAAUACGUCCCGGAGAAGAACGUGGUCAUCUGGUCUAUCAAAUCCUUUCCGGGGGGUAAGGAGUACCUAAUGAGAGCCCACUUCGGAUUGCCCAGUGUGGAGACAGAAGAGUUGGAAGGAAAACCUCCAAUUAGUGUCAAGUUUGAAAUCCCUUACUUCACAGUUUCUGGAAUUCAAGUUCGAUACAUGAAAAUAAUUGAAAAGAGCGGUUAUCAGGCACUUCCGUGGGUUAGAUAUAUAACUCAGAGUGGAGAUUACCAGCUGCGCACAAACUGAUGCAACACUUGCACCUAUGAAUCCGUCUUUAGCGUGUGUGUGUGGAAUAUUCCUGUUGCCUUAAAAUAAAUUUGUACAAGAAUACAGAAGAAAAAAUAUUUGUGACAUGUACUGUAUGGAACAUGUUACACUGAAAGUUAAAUUGUUACAUCAUUGGUGAAACAUAACUUUUUAAGUAAUAUAUUUUAUUGAUUUUUGAAAGACUGCAGUAAUGAACUUCUAAGUGAUGUCAAUUUCAUCUAUUUUGUUUGGCUCUGGACUUCCUGUUUGGUGCUGAAAUUGGUCCCACAUGGGAGUCUUAACACCACUAUAGUCCGAGCAUUAUAUAAGACAGCCCUGUGCAUAAUUACCUUGCUGGUGAUGCCAAUCACCAGCAUAAGCUGAAUAGCGCCCUCUGCAGUUGCAGACACAAAAGACAGCCCUGUGCAUAACUACACUUGCUGCUAAAUUAGCUUGUUACAAAGUCUACAAAGAGUUUUAUCAAAAUGUUCUAUUGAAAUGUCAUAUUGAUUUUAGUCUGUACACAUAUUUUGUUAUAAAACUAAUUAACAUAUGUCAUCCCUCUGAGAGUCUAAAAAAAAUAUGUAAUUCUAUUAUACUUCUUUAAAAAAAAAACAAAAAAAAAAAUUUGAGGUAAAAAUAAUGGAAAAGUUGCAGUAGUUCAUUCUUUUUAAGAAUUGUCCGUUAUGCUUUUGUGUUCCUCUUGGGUACAGUCAGUUGUCCACACAUGGAAGCAGCCAUUUUGUUACAAACAAAAUUCGUUUUACAAACCCACUAGGAAUGGCUUCCUCUACUAUGUGUAAAUUAUUGUUUGGUUUUACUUUGAAUGAGAUUUUUGUGUUGGCACCCUUGUCCUUGGUGGGUGCUUUUGCUAUUUAAUUGAAAGUUUCCUUUUUUUUUCUUAGACAAGACAGAUCAAAUUAUCAAAAUGGCAGCUCCCAUCUGGAGGCAUAUAUAGAUAGUAUAUUGGACAGAAUAUAUUUACAAGUUUUCUGUACAUGAUGCAAUAUACCCAAUUUUUUUCAAUUGCAGGAGACAAUAAACUGUACUUCUAAUUAAA